AUGACGGCGCAGGCGCGGACGGGUCUCCCGUUGCUCUGCACCCGGGCGAUGUUGGUGUUUGCUGAGGCGGCGCCUUCCAUGUCGACUGCGCGGUACUUAAGCUCUGCUGCCGCCUCAACGGCCUCACUGACUCGCAGCGCGCCAGACGCGUUGCUGCUGCGUUGCACAAAUGCCUUUGUGCAGCGGCUUGCCUCCCUCCUCCCGCUUCUCCACACCGUGGAGCCCCUCCACGAGGAGGUGGCGAUUGGCAUCUUUCGAGUCGCAAAGAGCAGCGGCAAUGGAAAUAUUUCACCGGCUUGCAUCGGCAGUCUUCUGCAGGAGGUGGAUGAACGACUCGUGGGAUCGCAGUUUGCGAUGUGGAAACCGCAUACAAUUGUGGCCUCGCUGCAUGCCAUUGCCGUGGCGUCGCCAUCAGGGCCGCUAAACAUGGUGGACACGCUACUUUACUGCGCGAAAGAGCAACUUCCGCGGCUUGACGAGCGAAGAACGGCUCGGCUGCUGUGGUGCCUUGCCACGCUGCGGCGGGAGGCAACACACGCCGCGUUGUGGAGGGCGUUGUGUGCACGCCUAGUUCGUCUUUCGAAGGUUCUAACGCCUGCCAGCCUUUUUCUGGUGGUGGAGGCGCUCUUUAUUGUCCCAGAGUGCACGUGUGAUGCACAGCAGGAGUUGCUGUGCGUUCUACAUGGGGCCCGGCUUGCCGGCAGGGACAGCGAUAAUUUCUACGGCGAGGAGACUGCGAUGAUGGGGAGCGACUAUCAAGCGCUCAAGGACAGGCUCCUGUCGGAUGCGCAUCUGCUGCCGGUGGAAUCCAUCAUCCGUAUGCUCUCUCAGACCUCUGGGACUUCCGUUGAGGCCGCGGACGAGGUGGAUUACUUGCUCCAGCAUCUGCUUCGCCGCCCGCUGAGGCCGGUGGUGUGUCGUGAGCUGCUGGAGUUUCUCGCAACGGUUGGAAAGAGCGAGGUCGCCCAAUCCCUUCGCGUGAAGGCGGUGGAGUGCAUCGGCGCUGAGGCCAGGCGGGGCUCACCUGGGGAGGACGACGCUGUGCGCGAUCUCGCCAGCGUCUGCGUCGCCGUCGUUCUGGAGCGGCAGCAAACCCUCGCCGUCAGCGUGGAGUCGCGAGGCCUCCUUGAGGAGUUCAUUGUGAGGUGCCAUGGCAUGGGCGAUACCGUGUGGGGUCGCUACUGUGGUCGCAUUGCGGGGGUGCUGGCGGUGGCGCUGGACCUCCUGUCGACCUGUGGGCGGACAGACAAGAAAUUUCCCGCGCUCGCCGCAAUCGAUUGCCUACUCGAACAAUUCCCCGGGGCGUGGGAGCGGGGUGGCGGGACCUCAGCGGAGGCCGCGGAGUGCGUCGCCUGCGUCUGCAGCGCCUGUGAUUUGCUUCGUGUUCCUUCCCUGCUGAGGGCUACCUUCUCGGGAGCAGCAGCCCCAGCCUCUCCCCUGGAGGCGGCGACGGCAAGCGACGGCAGCGGCACUCAAGGCGGUCGCACCGAUGCCUUGCUGCGGCGGUGCACGGAGGUGUUUGCUCGCGAGGGCACAUUCCUGCCAAGCGCGGCCGUGUUUGACAUGUGGCGGGCCGCUGCCGGCGCGGCGGAGACGCGCCUCGCCGCACUGCAGCCACUGAUUGAAUGGUUGUUGAGUUACACUGAAGCGCACCCGGCGGACUUCUCGCUGAUGGACGUGGCAAGGUUUAUGGGAAGCAAGCAGCAUCGCUUACCGGCGGAGGCCUUUGAGCUUUUCGUGCGGUGCCUGACGAACGAGCUUGACGGCGUGACGCCGUCGCACCUGGAGGUGCUGGUGGCGUCUCUUGAAGGCGUUGCGGCGCAAGGAGACACGGCGAUGCUGCAGCGGAUACAGCUGUUGCUCUUCCUUCGCCCACUGGGCCACGAACAGGCACUCAUCCACGCCGUCGCCUUCACAACGCCUCAGCUGGUGCGUUUGUUCAACUGCUGCAGCGUUGCCUCCGACCUGAGGGCGUCUAUGCAGGCGACGCUGCUCGAACUGAUUGUCGGCGCGUGCGGGCGCUGCGCCACGAUGGCGGAGCUGAACACGGCGGCAUCGCUUCUCCCGCAGCUCGAGCGUGGUCCGCUGAAGGACGCGCUUGCUUGGGCGCUCGCGGCGAACGCGCGGCGGAUGCCCCCGGCGUUGACGCCCGAUGUGCAGAAGGCGCUUUUGAUUGUGUACCUCCAGAAGGGCGGCGCCGCCGUGGCGGAGGAUCUCCUGCAGACGCUGCGACGUCGGGCGUAA